AUGAAUCCCGUCAACACGAAACCCUACCAGCUCCCAGCUGACGCCACCUGGGUUGUUACCGCGUGCUCGACUGGCAUCGGCCGUGCUAUGGCGACUCAUGUCGCCUCCGUGCCAGGUCAGCGUUUGAUCGCAACUGCUAGAGAUAUAGCUAGUCUUUCGUACCUCGGUGACGAUAACCCGGCCAUCCUAAAGCUUGCUCUGGAUGUUACGCAACCAUCGGCGGUCGAUGCAGCCUUCGAGGCGACCGCCGCGCACUUUGGAGACAGUUACUACAUCGAUGUCGUGGUGAACAAUGCAGGCUAUUCGCUUUCGGGCGAUACUGAAUCCGUCACAGAGCAUGAGAUGCACGACGAAUUUGAAGUUAACUUCUUUGGUACCGUCCGUGUCGCCUUGAAAGCCGUUGAGGUGAUGCGUCAAUCUGAGUCUCGCCGCGGCGGCCUGAUUUUCAAUAUUUCAUCGCUGGCGGGCAUUUGCGCCUUCCCCGGCCGUGCGUUCUACCACGCCAGCAAGCACGCCGUCGAAGGAUGGAGUGAGUCUGUCGCUCGCGAGAUGCAUCCGGACUGGAACAUUCACUUUUGUAUCGUCGAACCCAGUGCCGUUAACACGAAUUUCGAAACCUCCAGCAAGAAACACAUCGAGCCCCAUCCAGCAUAUUCGGCCGAUGAUAUGCCCGCCCGACAGCUUGAGAUGUUCGUGAAGAAGGGGCUCGCGUCCGGCGUCGGCUUUGAGCCCAGUGCUGUUGCCAAUGUCCUGUACAAGGUGGCCAGUCGAAAUGAAAAUGUUCCACUGCGUUUGCCUCUCAGCGUCACGGCUAUGAAGCUCAUCACGGCGAAGUUGCAGGGACAGCUUCGGGAUCUUGAGACCCACGGCGCGCGCUGA